CUGGGUUCAGGCUCUUCAGCGGCCUCUGUCGGUGUCUGGCAGCAGUGCAGCGUGAAAGCGGUGGGAAACAGAUACACUAUGGCUGCCACUCCGUCUCUUACUCAGCUUUCCAGUGGAAAUCCCAUCUAUGACAAAUAUUAUCGACAGGUGGAUCCCACUGGCAGCGGGCGGGUGGUGGCGGCCGAUGCAGCUCUGUUCUUGAAGAGGUCAGGGUUGGCUGAUAUGGUCCUGGGCAAGAUCUGGGAUCUGUCCGACUCUGAAAGAAAAGGAUCUCUUAAUAAACAGCAAUUCUUCGUAGCGUUGCGUUUGGUGGCUUGUGCUCAGAAUGGCCUGGAGGUGGCGCUCAAGAGUCUUAACGUGGCCGUUCCUCCCCCGAAAUUUCACGACACAAGUAGCCCCCUGUUAGCAGGAGGAGUGACCACUGACCUUCCCUGGGUUGUUAAGCCUGAGGAGAAACUGAAGUUUGACGCCAUCUUUGACAGUCUGGGUCCAGUUGGAGGGAUGCUGUCAGGAGAUAAGGUCAAGCCUGUCCUGCUUAACUCCAAACUGCCAGUGGACAUCCUGGGCAGG